AUGGCUGUGUCGGAGAGUUGUCCACAGGCUGCAGUGAGAUCCGUGCUGCAGGCCACCCGGCGUCUUUUUGUGCUGGGCUUUUCGACCACCGGCGGUGGUCACGAGCGCCUCACUGCGGUGCUCACAGAGCAUCUCCGUGGCGAGGAGAAUCUUGCUGGGGUGACUUUGCUGAUCUCCAUGCCGGAGCCUUGGAAGGGUGAGAUGCUUUCGGACGGCAGCGUGCCACAAGAAAAGCGGCACAAGGUGGAUCACACGCAGAGUAUCUUGGGGAAGCUCUCCCCUCUCCUGAAGCGACGCUGCCAGCUGAUUUUCGUACGUGCCCUGAAGAGCGUGACCGGCUUCUACACUACCCAGGCAGGUGCAGCUGCUAAGGAGCUCAUGUGGGAGAUGGUCGUGGCGCGGCCGGAGGUAUAUCGAGGUGAUGAAGCGAAGAGGUUACUUUGUGACCGUGGCUUCGUCCUCUUCGAUUCGCAGGCAUCAUUCUCUUGGGAUGAUCUUGGGCCGAGUCUCCUUCCCACAGCGCGCUCUCUGAUGGACGUGCUGCUUGCUGAGACGGCGGCUGAGGCGCAGGUUUUGGUCAUUACGGACAUGGACCCAAAUCUGACCUCCGCUGCGCUGAAGCUUCGCGCAGGCAUGCUGAAGGCAGCCAAUGGCCCACCACGGCUGCAGGGCUUAGAUUAUGAGAACCACCAGGACCUGCUGCUGCACUCCUUUGGCAUUCAAGCACUUGAAGACAUCACUGCAUACAGAGGCCAUUUUGAAAAGACAUCAGGGCAUUACUGGUACAAGAUGCACCCGGGCCUGUUUACAGACUCUGAGACGUCGACCCUUGGGAAGCUUAUCCGAAGCACCUUCCUGGUCAAAGUGCUCAACAUGGGAAGGGAAGGCCUGCGUGUCGCACACGUUGACAUUGUGGAUCCUGCUUUUCGACGCUUGAACCGUACGGACCUGGAGCUCUAUUCCUUUGCUGCCGAUCGUCGGUUGGCGGUGAAGUUUCUGCUUGAGCACGGCUGUCGCAUCACUAGUGAAGAGGCAGGACAGGCGCACGAGGGCAUUGUCCAUGGUGACGGUGCCACGGAGGACACAAUUCGUCACAUCGUCUACAUCUAUGCGCACUUGAGCGGGCGCUCCAUUCUGGAGCAUUAUUUUCGACACAUUCAGGAGCAUCCCAGGACUCUAGUUGUCGGCUGCGGCCGCAAUUGGCACAAGUACAGUCAACUAAGCGCAUCCGCUAAACUGGGCGGCCGCACUAACGUCAUGCGGAUCUGUCAGCUGGCACAAGGGCACGGCAUCGUCACUGCGGGUGCUGGGGCUUGCGGUGAACUUUCGGAUAUGCUUUACACCUUCCAAGCACCUUUGGGAGUAGUUAUCCCGUUAGACAAGCAGCACGAGCAGCAGCACAAUGGCGACAUGAUGCAGCAGAGCUUCGGGAGUAGACUGCUAUUGGGCACGCCAGGCAACGGCUUCAACAUUGCAAGACUCGGGCCCUUUCUGGGUGAGCUGGCUCGUCACAUGGACUCUGCCGAGGAGAAGUACCUGCCUCCGUCGGCAGCGCGCGUUUGCAUUGACAUUCUGAAGGCGAAGCCCAGCGCAGCUAGUGUCAAGCAGCUCUUCGUCAUAAACGAGUGUGCCCACUGCACCGGCAAGCGCGUCACCGUGGUGGACUGGGCGCAUUCCGAUGUCAGGAUCCGGGAGCUGCGACACGUAUUCCGGUACCUCGGGGCUCCGGAGCCACUUCUUGGGGCCUGUCUCUCCGCCUGGGUGCAGCUUCUGCUGCAGCUUGGGGUCGAGGCUGUGGAGGAAGGUGCCCGCCUGGAGCUGCAGCAGGUGCCUGACACCACUUCUACUGGUCUUGCUCGUGUGCCUGCGGGUGAGGUCAUGUCUCCGGACCAGCACAAGCAGCUAGAGGCGACAGCGAGAGCGAUGAUGGCCCUUGCUGAGACCGCCAGCGAACUCUUCAUUACUGGCUUCUGA